AAGCUGGAAAACACGGUGGGCGAGCCCACGCGAAGAAGAGCGAAAGAGGGGCUAGGGUUUUGAUAAAGAAAAGGUGGGGGUAUCGAAGGGCGAAGGUCGGCGAAGAUGAUCGAGGUGGUGCUGAACGAUCGGCUGGGGAAGAAGGUGCGGGUGAAGUGCAACGAGGACGACACGAUCGGCGAUCUCAAGAAGCUAGUGGCGGCGCAGACCGGGACCAAGGCCGAGAAGAUCCGCAUCCAGAAGUGGUACAACAUCUACAAGGACCACAUCACCCUGCGUGACUACGAGAUCCACGACGGCAUGGGCCUCGAGCUCUACUACAACUAAUCGAAGGUGAGUUGGUUGUUCCAAAUGCAUGCAGGCGUCGCUUAUGGUAAAAAUGUAUGCAGUUUGGUAAUUGAUACGAGCCAUGAAGUCGGCAACAAUGACUAAUGGGUACUGUUGUAUGCAUGUUCGAUCUGGAAAUUUAAUUAAACAUAUGAUUGAUAUCUCGUUUGUUUGUUUGUGGACAUAUGAGUGAGUACUGGUGUUCCUGGACAUAUGAUUGAUAUCUAGUUAUGAGGCAUUUUACUAGUUUGCUUGUGGUAAUGUCAGCCA